GGAGGUUAUAUCAGAAAAUUUUUAUUCAUAAAUAUUUCAUGAUCUUCAUGUAUUAUAAAAUAUUUCUUAAAGCUCACAUUUCUAAUGUUUCAGGGCAUUAUUGGUUUUCCAAAACCUGACUCCCAGACCAAAACAUUUCCUGCUUUUACACCCAUCACUUAAGUUGUUUCUCUCUCUCUUCUGUGAGGAUGCCUCUGUUUAUAAUCGCCGUUUAUUCCUGGCUGCCAUUGAUGUAAAUGCUGAAGUUCUGUUUGCUUCUGCUCAAUUGUAUUUGGAGCCCUUCCCAUACCCAGCUGCCCUAAAGAGCUUACAUAGCAUGUGUCCCCUUGUUUAUAUGGUUACACAGCAUGUAAGUGCAGCUUAGUGAUGUUAUUGAAUAUGAUUAAUGUUGUCUUUCCAUCCUGAAUGAGAUUAUUACUGUCUCAAUGGCCUGUUGCUUUGUGAAAAUGAAGCUUCACGCUUAGUGGUUCGGAUUUCUCUGCACUGUUGGCCACUGUUUGGUUUAACCCCAUGGUAACUAACUGACCUGCAGGAAGGUAAUUUAACUGUGGGGGUGUUGGUCCCUUGUCUGUAGCUCUGUGGCCUCACUGCCUGCUGUUCUCUGAGUCUCGUGGCGUUGCAGCUGCUUCUGUGGAUGCUAGCAGCUCUACUUGUGUGGACACUAAUAGUUUUCCUCUGCAGACACAACACACGCUCACAUCAAAAGAAUGUUUGUCCUCUCGCUCAGUAAUGUGCAGGUGUUGGUAACGGCGAUCCGUUAUUGCUAAGGAUGUGACUUUGGGGUUCCUCUUCACACUGCUAUGCCAAGAAUCUUUUUCUGCCUCACGAAGGUGAACGGGAGAGUGCAGCUUUUGCAUGCUGCCAAGGCAAGGGCCAUCCUGAAAGGCCUCCCUGUCACCCUGGCAUCACUGACCAACACCAUGAGUUAUUGGUCUCUGCUGGAAAAGCACAUAGGAGCCAUGCUAAGUAACGCUGCCGGCUUCGCGAUGUGAUGCUGAUUAUGCCGAGACAUUUAGCAGCACUGCCACAUGAACUGGCUCCGUAGAUGUGCACGUGCACUGAUUGGUCCUAGUCUGGUCCUGACAGCAGCAAUGGGUUUCACAUUCUCUGUUUUUCUUCAAGAAAACUUUUGCCAGAGGACUGCCAAACCAUACCUGGGUGGGAGUCUGGGUGUGUGUUUCUUUCUUUCCCCUCCUCCUUUCUUCAUAAGGGUCUCCCCAUGAAAGGCACUUUCUGCUUCAGUAGCCAGGAAGCAAGGAGUUCAGCCUCAUAUGCUUGGAAAAUAUUUACCACGACAGACAGGAAAGUCUUGAAAGCUCAAGUAUAGGUUCUACGCAACUUUGUUGCCAAGAUCAUUACACAGGAGCUGAAGAGUUGAACAUAAACUGAGGAACUCUGCAGACCAAGCAGGAAAUGAACUUCACAGCUGUGUAUUUAGUUACUACCACUGCCCUUGGUUUACUGAUCUUGACCACCCAAGAUGGAGAUGGUCUCUCUCUGCUGAACUCCCUGGAGCUGAAGGAUCUGCUGGAUCGGUGCCGAAAUGGGUACCAGAACCGCACUAAGAAUGCAAGUCUAAGCAGGGACCGACGGUCCAUCCCGUGGUCUGACAGGGAGGAUAUCCUCAAACUUCAUAAUAAACUACGAGGAGGCGUAUAUCCCACUGCUUCUAACAUGGAGCCAAUGGUAUGGGAUGAUGAACUGGAGCGGUCAGCCUCUCAUUGGGCUCGGCAGUGUAUAUGGGAGCAUGGGCCUCAGGACUUGCUUCCAUCCAUUGGCCAGAACCUUGCUGUCCACUGGGGCAGUUUUCGGUCCCCUGUUUUCCAUGUUCAGGCCUGGUACGAUGAGGUCAGGGACUACACAUACCCCUACCCAUAUGAGUGCCGACCCUUUUGCCCUGAUCGAUGUUCUGGGCCUAUGUGUACUCACUACACCCAGCUAGUCUGGGCCACCACCAAUCGAUUGGGGUGUGCGGUACACAUUUGCUCUCGGAUGAACGUCUGGGGUGAGAUUUGGAAUAACGCUGUCUACCUGGUCUGCAAUUAUUCGCCAAAGGGAAACUGGAUUGGAGAAGCCCCUUAUAAACAUGGCCACCCGUGCUCACAAUGCCCACCCAGCUUUGGGGGUGGCUGUCUAGAAAAUCUCUGCCACAAAGAGCCAUAUCACCCAGAGUCUGAGAACCUGAAUGAGGUAGAGAAGCUCCAGGAGUCCGUCCAAACCCGGACAACCCCCGUCAAACUUGGCCCCAAACCCAGUGAAUGGGGGGCCUCCGUGACAAAGAAAACAACAUCAGACGGGUCCUCAUCCCAGAGGACAGCCUCAGCAUUGAAGAAGACAUCCCCACCCAAACGUACAGGGAGCACCUUCCUAACACAAAAUAUCAACUGUGAGACAAACAUGAGAGACAGAUGCAAGGGAAUAACAUGCCACAGGUACAGGUGUCCUGCCAACUGCCAGAACAAAAGAGGUAACGUGUGGGGCUCAACCUUCUACGAUGUGAAAUCAAGUAUCUGCCAAGCUGCGUUGCAUAGUGGAGCAAUGAAUUCCAGUGGUGGUCUAGUAGAUGUCGCACGGAAAGGCAAGCUCCCAUUCUUUGUCAAGGCAGUGAAGAAUGGAGUAGAAUCUUUGAGCAAUUACAGAGCAGGAAAUGCAUUUGCCAUAGCAAAAGUGAAAGAGCAGUCAGUUGACUGCUAUACCACUGUGGCUGAGAUCUGCCCUUUCAAAAAGCCAGCCUCCACCUGCCCAAGAGUCUUCUGCUCAUCCAACUGCAAGAAUGAGCCAUCUUAUUGGGCCCCGGUGAUUGGGAACAACAUCUACACAGAUAAUUCCAGUAUCUGCCGUGCUGCAAUGCAUGCUGGUGUGAUGAGACCCAGUGGGGGAUAUGUGGAUGUCUUGCCCCUGGACAAAAGGAGCAGCUAUAUUGGAACACUGAAAAAUGGUAUCCGGUCUGAAAGUAAAAAGGACCAUGAAGGAUGCUCUUUCCGUGUCUUUGCUGUGAGACAGUGAGAUGUAGUGACAAGAGGAAACCUUUUCUGUUUCGGGGACAAACAAUACAUCCCCUCCCACACCACAGUAUCAAGCAUCUAGCCUCAAACAAUCUGAUUAGCAUCUUGCCACUAAUUAGACUCCCCUAGCAGGGUUUACCCUUCUCUCCCUAAGUUUCACAUUCAGUAUCUAAGGAUUAAAAAAUUCUUCCCCACAUCCAGCUGCCACAUACACUAAUGACCAAAACUGAAGAAACACCUAGCAUUUUUUGGCAUUAAGCUUUAAGAAUUACUACACGAAUAUUGAUGGUAAUAUUUAUGAACAAUCAAAGAAUGUUACAAAUAUCAUGCAUUGGACAAUUAAGUGGUUUGGAGAAACUGGAAUGAAGUUCUGCAAUCUCUAAAUAUUACAAGUGUUUCCACAGUUUUGGCUGCUAGUGAACAUGUCAAUGUAAAGCACUGAAGUGCAAAAUGCCAGUGUUUCAAAACAUCAAACUUUAUCAAAUAUUUAUAAAUUAAAUUUUUUUUAUUUGCUAUGAUGGGGAGAAGGGGACCAGGAAGCCUUGGAGAUUCUGUGUUAGGAAAUGGACGAGCAUAUUAUGCCAUGUCUCAAAAAUACUAUAUUAACCUUUUUAACAUAAAAUAAGCCAUGUAAUGAGACCCAAACUUGACUUCCUGCCCAGUUUACCCCUGUAGUGGCACUCCAUUUGCUUAUGCGUCUGUUAUUGUUUAACGUCCUAUCCCUGUCAUGGUUUUCGCAAAAUUUAUAUUCAUCUCAGGCUGUUUCAGAGUCAUUGUUGUAUUACCUGCCUUACUUGCAACUUGCUUUGAACAAA